AUGUCAGAGAUAACUUUGCCAGAUUGUUUUUCUAGUGAUUUAGGUCUUGAUUGUGAUUUGUUUGUAUUUGGCGGACAUAUCGGUGCAUGGAUUUUGGAUCAAGAGAGGCAAACAAGAUUUUCCCCAUUAUGCUUUACAAAUUGUGGUGAUAUAGUUGGAAUAUUUGCUCAUGGUGGAUUAGUGAAGUUUGAUGACAAAGGAGAGCAGCUAGAGUAUCGCUCCUUUCCUGACCGUCACAUUGGAAGAUACGAAAUGGUGGUGUAUACAGAGUCUCUGCUUUCAUUACCUGGUGGCACUGAGGAAGCUUAA